AUGAAAACUAACAUUAAGAAACAAAUUAGCUCAAAUGAUAAGCUCUUAAGUUAAAGCAUAAAAGACACUUUUAAAAUACAAAUAGCAAAUGCAGAAUAUAAUAAAAAAUUUAGUAUCUUUUUCUUCAUAAAUUUUUAGAAGAAGACAAUUCUAUUAUGCUUGCCACUGAUAAAUUAAUAGAUAAAGAAAAGGGUUAAUUAAUUACAUAAAGUCUAUAUAUAAACCUAGCUAAAAAUGAAUGAAUUAAAGGGAAUUAAUAAUUAAAUGACAACAGCUAGAAGAGAAGUCAAAAAAUAUGAUCGCUGGAUAAUUUUAAGAUGCUGCUAAAAUUUUAAACUUAAAAAAGAAAAGAUAUGGGUUGAUGGAUUAAUCGAUAAGGAUAAGAAUUAAAUAAAAAAUCCAGAAAUCAUGGAUUUAAAUUUUUCCUGA